UUAUAAUAUUCCCUUUAGUACUUUGCAAGAUAGACUAAAAACCAAUAACUUUAAACCAGCUGCAUUAGGACGCCCAUCUAUUUUCACAUCACAACAAGAGUCAGAAAUGGCUAAACAUAUAAUAAAUUUAGCAAAUUUGUUUUAUGGGCUGACACCACUUCAAUUAAGAACUGUUGCAUUUGAAUUUGCUGAAAAUAAUAAAAUAAAACAUAACUUUAAUCAGCAAUUAAAUUUGGCAGGUGUUGACUGGUUCUAUAAUUUUGUUCGUCGAAACCCAACUGUUACUGUCCGAAAACCUGAAGCCAUCAGUAUAAGUAGGAUUACAGCUUUUAACAAAACAGAAGUACAGCUUUUUUUUCAAAACUUGGGAGAAUUAAUGUUGAAAUAUAAGUUUUGUCCAACUAGAGUGUAUAAUAUGGAUGAAACAGGCAUUACAACCGUCCAAGAUCCUGGCAAAAUAAUUGGAUCAAAAGGACAAAAACGAAUUGGCAGUGUUACUAGUUGGGAGCGUGGAAAAAAUAAUACGGUAAUUUGUGCUAUGAGUGCUUCGGGGUCAUUCAUACCACCUUUAUUUAUUUUUCCACGUAAAAGAAUGGACAUGAAGUUGACCAAACAUGGCCCACCAGGAGCUGUGUAUGAAUGCACAAAAAAUGGUUGGACCACAGAAGACAUUUUUAUGAAAUGGCUUAAACAUUUCAAAAAUUAUUCAAACCCCACAAAAGAAAAUCCAGUAUUAUUAAUUCUAGACAACCAUGGAAGCCAUAUUUCACUACAAACAUAUGAAUUUUGUAGGGAAAAUCAUAUUGUAAUGUUAUCGUUGCCUCCACACACAUCCCACCGAAUGCAGCCCUUAGAUGUGACUUUCUUUGGGCCACUCAAAACUGCUUUUAGAAGGGAAUGUGACAAUUACAUCAAAAGUCAUGCAAUGAUUAAAAUAACACCUUUUGAAAUUGCAGAGCUUUUUAAUAAAGCGUAUUCUCAAGUUGCAACCAUUCAAAAAGGUAUUUCUGGAUUUUCUGCUACAGGAAUUUUUCCAUUGAAUCCAGGAAUAUUUACUGAUGAAGAUUUCUAUGCUUCAAUGACCUUUAACCAAGAUAACACUGGCCAUGAAACUCCAGUUAUUAUUGAAAAUGAAACUCCAGUUAUUAUUGAAAAUGAGAACCUCACACCAACUGACUCUAAUAAUACACAUCAUUCAAUGGAUACUUCACCAAGUGUUUCUAUACAAGAAAUUUCACCUAUACCAAAAAUACUUCCAAAAAGAGUUAUAAGGCGAGUGGCAGCAAAACAGCAUUCUUCUAUACUAACCGCCAGUCCUAUGAAAUCUAAGCUUGAAGAAAGAGAAAAAAAAAGAAAAGAAAAAAAAGAAAAAGAAGAUCAAAAACUUGAAAAAAAAAGAAUGAUGACUAAAAAGAAGAAAGGAAAAAAAAGUUUACCAAAAAAGAAAAUUUCUAGGAGGAAACUGUUGAAUGAAUUUGGAGAAGGCAGCAGUAACACUCAAAAUUACUUUAGUUCAUCAGAUGAUAUGGAUUUUUCAAAGCUGUGUGAUGACAAUAGUGAUGAUGAUAUUGAUGAUGGAGGAGAAACAUGCUUGAUAUGUGAAGAGAGGGGAAAGGAUGAGAUUUGGUACAGGUGUACAAUUUGUGGUUUUUGGGUUCACUCAGAGUGCAGUGGUGUAGAUACUGCAAAAGACUAUGAGUGUGACAUAUGCGUUAGUAAAUUGAGAAAAGAGGCGUUCUUAAAAAAAAAAUAAUUAUAUAAAUAUGAUUCCUAUAUAUUUUUGUUUAUUUAAAAGUAGAGAUAUUUAUAAACUAUAAGACUUAUGUGAUUUAAGAGUCUGAUUCACUAGGUAUAUAAUUAAACAGAGAUAUUGUUAAUUUUUUUUAUUGUUAUUGUUCUUGAUA